AUGAAGAUUUACAGAAUUUACACUAAUUUAGUUCGUUUAUUUUAAUACCAUCGAGUUGAUGAGCCUCAUUAUUCAGCUAUAAAUAUUUUAUAAAAAUCUUUAAAUAUUCCAUAUUCUUAAGUUGAUACUAAACAGACUAUGUUUUCAAAUUGUUCAUCUUAUUAUUACUUGAAAUAGAUUUAAAAGAUGUACUUCAAAAGAAGGGCUAUGAUGCCAAUCCAAUAUGUUAUUGGAGAAUGGGAAUUUAGAGACUUAUUGUUAAAAAUGAAACCACCUGUAUUAAUACCAAGGAAUGAGACAAGUUAUCUUGUUGAGUUAGUAAAUAAAUUGUCAAAAUAGAAGUAAAAAUGCUAAUUUCUAGAAAUUGGUAUAGGUACAGGAGCAAUAAGUCUAUCUCUAUUAAAAGAAAAUAGUUAAUUUACAGGAAUUGCUAUUGAUAAGCAGAAGUUUUGCAUUGAAUUAGCAAAAUAAAAUCUCAAUCUAAAUAAAAUAGAUCCAUAGAGACUUUAGCUUAUUCAUCUAGAAUGUUUAAAAUUUUUCUAAAACAAUCUAAAUUAAAAUCCUGAUUAAUAAUUUGACUUUAUUGUAAGUAAUCCUCCUUAUAUUCCAACUAGUUAGGUUUAAAAUUUAGACAAGCAAGUGAGAAAAUUUGAAGAUAAAGUUGCACUUGAUGGUGGAAGUGAUGGAUUAGAUAUAGUAAAGUAAAUAUUAGACUAUGGGUACUAGAUCUUAAAAUAGGGAGGAUAUAUAGCUUUAGAAGUAGAUGUUACUCACAAUUUACUAUUACAGUAAUACUUUGAAAAGAAUACAUAUGGAUGGAAAGAUAAAUAUAAAAAAGCAUAGUUUUUCAAAGAUUAGUAUGAAAGAGACAGAUUUUGUGUAUUCUUUAAAUGA